AUGAGUGUCCUCUGUCGGGCCGGCGCCUGGUCCCUGUGCGCCACUGCGCGCGCGGUUAUUCCUUGUCUAUGCAAUGGGAAAUACUUCAGCUCCGGAAGAGAGACAGCAGAAAACAGCGCUGUGACCCCGAUGCUGCGGCAUCUUAUGUACAAAAUCAAGUCUACUGGUCCCAUUACUGUGGCCGAGUACAUGAAGGAAGUCUUGACUAACCCAGCCAAGGGUUAUUAUGUGCACCGUGACAUGUUGGGAGAAAAAGGAGAUUUCAUUACUUCACCUGAAAUAAGCCAGAUCUUUGGGGAGCUGCUCGGGAUAUGGUUCAUUAGUGAAUGGAUGAGCGCUGGAAAAAACUCAACUUUCCAGCUAGUGGAACUUGGUCCAGGUAGGGGCACGCUCACUGGAGAUAUUUUGAGGGUGUUCAGCCAGCUUGGAUCUGUGCUGAAAAAUAGUGACAUUUCAAUCCAUCUUGUAGAAGUGAGUCAGAAAUUAAGUGAGGUCCAAGCGGUGACACUGACGGAGGAGAAGGCCCCAGUGCAGCGAAGUCCUGACUCUCCAGUGUAUAUGAAAGGGAUUACUAAGUCUGGACUUCCAAUCUCCUGGUACCGCAACCUGCAGGAUGUUCCAAAGGGGUACAGCUUUUAUCUUGCGCAUGAGUUUUUUGAUGUUCUUCCUGUGCAUAAGUUUCAGAAAACACCACAAGGAUGGCGAGAAGUGUUAAUUGAUAUUGAUCCACAAGUUUCUGAUAAACUGAGGUUUGUUUUGGCACCUUGUGCUACUCCAGCAGAAACUUUCAUACAACAUGAUGAAACAAGGGACCAUGUGGAAGUCUGCCCCGAUGCUGGUGUGAUUAUUCAGGAGCUUUCUCAGCGCAUUGCAUUGACCGGAGGGGCGGCACUGAUUGCUGAUUACGGUCAUGAUGGAACAAAGACAGAUACCUUCAGGGGCUUUUGUGGUCACAAGCUCCAUGACGUGCUGAUCGCUCCAGGGACAGCAGACCUUACCGCUGAUGUGGACUUCAGUUACUUGCGCAGAAUGGCACAAGAAAAAGUCGCCUCUUUGGGGCCAAUAAAACAACAGACGUUUUUAAAAAACAUGGGUAUUGAUGUCCGGCUGAAGGUUCUUUUAGGUAAUUCAGAUAAGCCGUCUACAAGGCAGCAGUUACUUCAGGGAUAUGACAUGUUAAUGAACCCUAAGAAGAUGGGAGAAAGGUUUCACUUUUUCGCCUUGGUACCUCAUCAGAGACUUCCUGAUGGGAGCCAUCAGGUGAAUGAACGUCAGUCACGCAAACAGAAACCCUCUCCAGCGCCUGUUGCUGGGUUUGAUGAACUUGUUUGGCGGUGAUAUUUCAUCUUGGACUUUUAACCCCUCAGUCUGCCCAAGAACUAAGAAUAAAAGGAAUACAUUUCAUAUA